AUGUUGGAAAAGAAAAAGGACGAUUUAUAAGAUUCCCUGAUAUCAAAUGCUUAUAAGGGUCUUUAGACUAAUUAAUCCAGACUUGAUAAAUCUAAAAUCAAUGAGAAGGCUUCAUCAAAUGUUUUCAUAGAUGGAUUAUAUGGAUUCUUUAAAGUUAAAAUGGGUCCAGGAAAAAAAUCUAAGACUCCAAAAGUCCUUCAAUAUACCUACGAGUUAGGGUCAAGAUUUGAAAAUUUCUUUAUGGACUUUGAUGCAGCAGUUAUAGAUUUUAUUCAAGGAGUGCAUUUGAAAGGUGAUUCUACCAGAUGUAGAUUUUUGUAGUUCCUAUUUGCUUUUAUAUCCAUUAUAUUCUCAUACUUUUACGCCUUGGAACUGUGGGUAGUCUUAAUCCUCAAUCUAAACUUAUAUCAAGAAGAUUCAACUGCUGUAAUAAGACUUUUGAUUUUAUUUACUUUACAGAUAAGAAUCACUCACAUGCUCUUGCUCAAUAUUAUAAUAACACAAAUGUUUAAGAGAUUUGUUUUAAGAAUGAGACCUCAAUAUCAAUCAGGUUCGAGAUCACUAGUAUUAGUUGGUUAGAGAUCUAGCAGUAUUCCUUCCCGAAUCGUAAUAGCAGCUCCUACUCUAACUUUUGCGUUACUUAAUUCUGAUUUGAUGUAGCUUAGAGAUAACUUGGGUGCGAUUAUAGGAAUUUGUGUUGGUGUUUACAUUUUAGCUUCAAUAAUCAGAGUAUUAUAGCAACUUAAAAUAUUUUAUAGAUUCAUCUUGGUACUUGCUUUCCUAGUGAUUGCGUUGCUUCUUUACCAAUAGUACUUUAUAUUUAAAGUUUAAAGAUUUUUAGAUAAUUGGAAUAAUAAGUCUAAGUUAUUUAUUGGAGACGGUUUAAAUGAAUUCAAGAUGCACUUAAUAAUGUGGAAAAGAUAUUUGCUAUUCAUAGAGCUAAUUAGACUCAAUAACUAUAGAUAAUUUCUCAGUAUAUGA